AUGCUGCUAGGCUGCAGGUCCCUCUCCUCCUGGGUGCGCCGCCUCGUCGCCUGCAUGGGAAGUUGCCUUGGAUGCUGUGGCUGUGCUAAGCCUGCUCCGAUAACAGCGGUCGAUGAGCCUUCAAAAGGUUUGAGGAUCCAAGGCCGCUCCAUAAGGAAGACAAACUUGUCCGAGGGCUUCUGGAGCACGAGUGCACACGGGAUUGGAAACAGCGCGCUACAAUCGCAGAGGAGCAUGUCUUCAAUCUGUACAGCGCCGCAAUCCAGCGACCAGCAUGGAGCUGGAAGUAGCAGCAACCCAAACGAGUUUGUAAAUCAAGGUCUUGUGCAGUGGAACCAGACUAGACAACAGUGGGUUGGAAACAAAAAAUGCAAAUCUCGACUUGAAAAGACCCAAGAACCAAAGAUAAGUUGGAACACAACGUACGAGAGCCUGCUAGGAAGCAAUAAACUAUUCUACCAACCAAUUCCUCUUGCGGAAAUGGUAGACUUGCUUGUGGACGUGUGGGAGCAAGAAGGACUAUACGGUUAG